AGGGGCUGGUUCUAGAGUCUUCUCCUUCCUCUAGAAAAAAAAACCCUUCUCCUCUUUUCUUUCUCGUCUUCAUUCUAGUAUUCUCCUCUCUACCACUCUUCUCGACUCUCUGUUGGUCUCCGUUACUCUCUCUGCAAUUUUCCAAGAUGUACCGCUACGCUGCAAGCCUCGCUAACAAAGCUAGGAUCGCAAGAAAUGCAAGCCAGCAGGUUGGCAGUAGGUUGGCUUGGACCAGAAACUAUGCGGCUAAGGAGAUUAGAUUUGGUGUGGAAGCUCGAGCCCUGAUGCUUAAGGGUGUUGAAGAUCUUGCUGAAGCAGUUAAAGUGACCAUGGGUCCUAAGGGGCGUACUGUGGUGAUUGAACAAAGCUUUGGUGCUCCUAAAGUGACCAAAGAUGGUGUAACAGUCGCUAAGAGUAUUGAGUUCAAGGAUAAGAUCAAGAAUAUUGGUGCCAGCCUGGUGAAACAGGUUGCAAAUGCCACAAACGAUGUUGCUGGUGAUGGGACUACUUGUGCUACAGUUCUUACCCGUGCAAUUUUUACGGAAGGAUGCAAGUCAGUUGCUGCUGGAAUGAAUGCCAUGGACCUAAGACGUGGUAUUACCAUGGCAGUUGAUGCUGUCGUGACAAACUUGAAGAGCAGAGCACGAAUGAUCAGCACUUCUGAAGAGAUAGCACAGGUUGGGACAAUAUCUGCAAAUGGAGAGAGAGAAAUUGGUGAAUUGAUUGCAAAGGCAAUGGAGAAGGUCGGCAAAGAGGGAGUUAUCACAAUUCAGGACGGAAAAACUUUGUACAAUGAAUUAGAAGUUGUUGAAGGAAUGAAGUUAGACCGGGGCUACAUAUCUCCUUAUUUCAUAACAAACCAGAAAAACCAAAAAUGUGAAUUGGAAGAUCCUCUGAUUCUCAUUCACGAGAAGAAAAUCUCUAGCAUUAAUGCUGUGGUCAAGGUCUUGGAGUUGGCAUUGAAGAAGCAAAGGCCCUUGCUGAUUGUGGCAGAAGAUGUGGAAAGUGAUGCCCUAGCGACUCUUAUUUUAAAUAAGAUUCGUGCUGGAAUUAAGGUCUGUGCUGUGAAAGCCCCUGGUUUUGGUGAAAACCGAAAAUCUGGGCUGCAGGAUCUUGCUGUUCUCACAGGAGGAGAUGUCAUUACUGAAGAGCUUGGUCUAAAUUUGGAAAAGGUUGAUUUGGAUAUGCUCGGUACUUGCAAAAAGGUGACAAUUUCAAAGGAUGACACUGUUAUUCUUGAUGGUGCCGGUGACAAGAAAUCUAUUGAGGAAAGAUGUGAACAGAUAAGGUCAGGAAUUGAGUUGAGUACUUCCGAUUAUGACAGAGAGAAGUUACAGGAGAGAUUAGCCAAGCUUUCUGGUGGUGUUGCCGUCUUGAAGAUUGGAGGAGCUAGUGAAGCAGAAGUCGGUGAGAAGAAGGAUAGAGUGACUGAUGCUCUAAAUGCCACAAAAGCAGCAGUGGAAGAAGGCAUCGUACCAGGUGGAGGUGUUGCUCUCCUUUAUGCAUCGAAAGAGUUGGACAAACUUCCAACUGCCAACUUCGAUCAGAAGAUUGGUGUUCAGAUCAUUCAGAAUGCUCUAAGGACACCCGUGUACACAAUUGCUUCUAAUGCGGGAGUUGAGGGAGCUGUUGUUGUUGGUAAGCUUUUGGAGCAAAAUGACCCUGAUCUUGGAUAUGAUGCAGCCAAAGGUGAAUAUGUAGAUAUGGUUAAAUCCGGAAUCAUAGACCCCCUAAAAGUAAUUAGGACAGCCUUGGUUGAUGCCGCAAGUGUGUCAUCUCUGAUGACAACAACAGAAGCUGUUGUGGUAGAACUUCCCAAGGAUGACAAGGACGGUCCUGCAAUGGGCGGCGGUGGCAUGGGAGGCAUGGGCGGCAUGGAUUUCUGAGGAGUCCAGCCCCCUGACGAUACGCAUGUUCAACAUACUUGAACUCAUUUUGAUUUUUCAUGAAAUCUUGGGAAGCAGAGAUAAGAGGUUUUAUUAAAUUUUCUUGAUAUUGUACCGGUUUGAGAGGCAUCCAUGUAAUCAUAGGGCGAGAAAAAGCUUCAUCUAGGUAGUUCUGUAACUCACUAAUGUCAUCGGAGGAAGAAUGGGCGUGUGCGUAUAUCAUUGAACUAUUCUUUUUCGAAAUAAACUUUUUUUUUUCUUU